AUGGAGCUAGAGCUAGAGCUGGCGUCGACGUCGGCGUCGCCAGUCAACCGAGCCGGUGGCCCGAAGGCGCGCCGCAUCGUGGCGGCCCACCGGCUACCCCUCCACGCGGUGGAGGACCCGAACUCGCCGUUCGGCUUCGCCUUCUCCAUCGACCCUGACGCGGUGGCGUUAUAG